GUGUGUGGGGCGCGAGGGUAUUUGUCACCACGCGGAAAAGGAAUCUCGUCGUUAAAAUGGCGCUUUUUUCCUCUCCAAACACCGAUUUCAUAUCCCAGGGUAGCCUCAUACUAUUUAUGGAGGUGUACCUCUAUCUUCAGGGUUUGUACUCGGUCAUGGCUGUGACAAUUCUGUUUCUCAUAAUGGGUUUGGGUUAUCGUAAGACGCGAUGUGGAUCGCAAGCUUGCAUCAUCGUGUUGGGUGACAUUGGGAGGAGUCCUCGCAUGCAGUAUCACGCACUGUCCUUGGCGACUGCCAACCUCGAUGUGGAGAUGGUGGGUUAUGGAGGUUCCAAACCUCAUGAAGAUCUCCUCACAAACGAGAAAAUAAAGUUCCACCUGAUGUCUAUCCCGCCCAAUAUUCCAAACAUGAUUCCGAGUCUCUUUCGCUACGUUUUCAAAGUGAUUUGGCAGACAACGCAGCUGUUGUGGGUCAUGCUUAUGAAGCUACGCUGGCCUUCCCACAUAUUGGUUCAGAACCCGCCAGCCAUACCUACUUUAGCCGUAGCUUGGCUGUGUAGCCGACUGUAUGGUAGUAAGUUCAUGAUCGACUGGCAUAAUUACGGCUACACCUUACUGGGUCUCACUCUGGGAGAGGGCCAUAUCCUGGUUAGAUUCUCUAGAUGGUUUGAAAGUGUGUUUGGUGGAUGGGGAGAUGGACAUCUGUGCGUUACCAAUGCUAUGAAGGAGGAUCUAAUGAAGAGGUUUGGACUCAAGAAACCAAUCACACUGUAUGACAGACCUCCCAAGGUCUUCAAGGAAACGCCUUUAGAAUCCCAACAUGAGCUUUUUUCAAGGUUAGCUGAGGACUAUACAGUAUUUACUUCAUCCACAAAGUCAGAAACAUCCACCGCCUUCACAGAGAAGACAGCAUCAGGAGAGAUCUUAAGGAAAGCAAAUCGCCCAGCGUUGAUCAUAAGCAGUACAAGCUGGACACCCGAUGAAGAUAUCUCAAUCUUGCUGAGUGCUUUACAGAAAUACGACAAGGCAUGUGAAGAAGAAGCCAACUUGCCAGCCAUCGUGUGCGCUAUCACCGGCAAAGGACAAGAGAAAAAGCGAUACCAAGCCAUCAUUGAACAGAUGACCAUGAAGAAUGUCCACAUCUGCACACCAUGGCUCAUAGCAGAAGACUACCCACGGCUACUCGGUUCCUCUGAUCUGGGUGUCUGUCUCCAUGCAUCCUCAAGUGGCCUAGACCUUCCAAUGAAGGUUGUAGACAUGUUUGGCUCUGGCUUACCCGUAUGUGCACUGAAAUAUGACUGCAUUGAUGAGUUAGUCAAGCACAGAGAGAACGGUUUGGUGUUCAGUAAUGCUGACGAGUUGGCAACGCAGCUGCAGGAGUUACUUCGAGGAUUUCCCGAAGACCAGCAACAGCUUCAGAAGUUCAAGGAAAAUCUUCAGCAAUUUCAGACGGAAAGAUGGGAGGAGAAUUGGGAGAAGACUGUGCGGCCGACGUUAUAUAUAUAGAUGAGAGAUUGUGGUUUGUUUGCCUUGAGAUGGAUUCCGUGCCUCACAUCCUUUGAUGCGUUUGCACCUGCAAACACCAAAUCCUAUCAGUUAAAAGCAGUAUCUGCUUUUAGUUUACGUUUGUUGUAAGAAUUUGCCGUCAGAUUUUUGCGCGGUAACAUUCUCUGUGGAUUUUCACUGCGGCGUUCUUGUUUCAAGUCAUGCUGCCGAUUGUAUUACCAAAGUUUUGUAGAA